UCCUCCCCUCAUUCCGCGCAUUCCUCGCAUCGCUGGCGCCGCGCAGCCCGGCCGGGAGCCCGGCCCGCCCCGCCGCCGGCCGGGCAGCAACUCAUCCUCCGAGGGCUCCGUCCGCCGGCCCGCGGCAACCUACGGCCGCGGUAUAAAUAGCCGGGCGGCGGAUUAAAAAUAGGCGCGGGGCCAUAAAUAGCCGGGGCGGCCCGGGGGCGGCGGGCGAAGUUUUGCCGUCGGAGCGCGGCGCGCUGGCGGUGCGCGCAGGGGCCGCGGCGCGGAGAGCUGCUGCCGCUGCCGCCGCCGCUGCUGGUUAAUUGCACAUUCAAGUGGAAAAUUUUCGGGAGUCAGCAGAAACGUUGUAUCCAAAAAAGACAAAGUCGCAGUUACAGCAACGCCGAGGAGAUUGUCCCUGGAAAACUUCCUUUCGGUUUAUUCCCUUGAAGACUCCAGGCUUAGGCUUGGAGACCCCAGCCAUCACCAUUGAGCCCAGCAGCUGGAGCGGCAGCGAGAGCCCUGCCGAGGACAUUGAAAGAAUGAGUGAUUCUGCAGAUAAACCUAUUGACAACGAUGCAGAAGGUGUCUGGAGCCCUGACAUUGAGCAGAGCUUCCAGGAGGCUCUAGCUAUCUAUCCACCGUGUGGGAGGAGGAAAAUCAUCUUAUCAGAUGAAGGCAAAAUGUAUGGUAGGAAUGAAUUGAUAGCCAGAUACAUCAAACUUAGGACAGGGAAGACACGGACCAGGAAGCAGGUGUCUAGUCACAUUCAGGUUCUUGCCAGAAGGAAAUCUCGUGAUUUUCAUUCCAAGCUGAAGGUAACAAGCAUGGAUCAGACAGCAAAGGACAAAGCACUCCAGCACAUGGCUGCAAUGUCAUCAGCUCAGAUAGUCUCAGCUACUGCUAUUCACAACAAGCUGGGCCUGCCAGGAAUUCCCCGUCCUACAUUUCCUGGGGCACCUGGGUUUUGGCCGGGCAUGAUCCAAACGGGGCAGCCUGGAUCCUCGCAAGAUGUCAAGCCAUUCGUUCAGCAGGCCUAUCCUAUACAGCCAUCAGUCACAGCUCCCAUCUCAGGCUUUGAGCCCACAUCAGCUCCAGCCCCCUCCGUGCCUGCGUGGCAGGGCCGAUCCAUCGGUACGACCAAGCUCAGGCUGGUGGAGUUUUCAGCUUUCCUUGAGCAGCAGAGGGACCCUGAAUCAUACAACAAACACCUCUUCGUGCACAUCGGACACGCCAACCAUUCUUACAGCGACCCCUUGCUGGAGUCGGUGGACAUCCGCCAGAUCUACGACAAAUUCCCCGAGAAGAAGGGCGGCCUGAAGGAGCUCUUUGGGAAGGGGCCGCAGAACGCUUUCUUCCUCGUCAAAUUCUGGGCUGACUUAAACUGCAACAUCCAAGAUGAUACAGGGGCGUUUUACGGAGUCACCAGUCAGUACGAGAGCUCGGAAAACAUGACAAUCACCUGCUCCACCAAAGUCUGCUCCUUUGGAAAGCAAGUAGUAGAAAAAGUAGAGACUGAAUAUGCAAGGUUUGAGAAUGGCCGGUUUGUGUACAGGAUAAACCGCUCUCCCAUGUGUGAAUACAUGAUCAACUUCAUACACAAGCUGAAGCAUUUACCAGAGAAAUACAUGAUGAACAGCGUCUUGGAAAACUUCACAAUUUUAUUGGUGGUAACAAACAGGGAUACACAAGAAACCCUGCUCUGCAUGGCUUGUGUAUUCGAGGUGUCGAACAGCGAACAUGGAGCACAGCAUCACAUCUACAGGCUUGUAAAGGACUGAGCAGUUAUUUAUAUAUACACUUCAUUUCACUUCUUUAUCAAAACACAGACUGUAAACCUCAACACUAAGUGGCAGUGCCUCUGGCCCAACUUUCACCCACAUUUUUCUAAAUCCUGUUUUAGUGAAGUCAUUUUUAAUGUGUUCAUAUAUAAUUGUAGCUGUGAAAUUCUGGUACAGUUGUAAAAAUUAUUUCUAAAACUAAGUGUUCUUCAAAUUUGUAAACCACAGUUCUUUGGGAAGACUGUAUUUAAGAACCUAAUGCCUCUGUCUGUGGAGGCCUAUUUUUAAUUCUGAUAGAAAAAUGUAUGACAGAGCAUUUGCCAUGGGGAAAAACUGACAGCAUUUAUAAGAAUUUAUUUUGGGUUUUUUUCCAACAUGAAAUACUUGUUUUACAAUGCAAGUGAAAUUGAAACGAAUCUUUAGCUAUAACUGUAAAUGAGUACACAAAGUUAAUAAUCUUUAUAGAAUUAUCUUUGUAACUAAUUAGGGUGGAAGAUAUGGACGAAUGUAAUUCACUAAAUUAUUUUUUAAAAUGAAACAUUUUUCUGUUUGAAGCCAAAUGAAAAAUAUAGCCUUAAGAAAUGCCUGAUAGAAACAGACAGGUCCUAAAAUUAGGCAAAUUUUGUAUUUUUUUCUCAACGCUAAAACUAAUCUUCUAAUCCAUUAAACUUUCAAACAGGUAUUGCAGAGAAAGAAAACAUCACCCCUUACCCUUAACAUAUCUAGUGUAUUUUAAAAGAGUAUAAAGUUGUAUUGUACUAAUAUGAAAAUUUGAUUAUUUAAUGAAAAAGAUGGCUCAUUUUGCAAUAAGUAGGUAAAUACUGAAGAUUUAGACUUGCAUUAUAUGUAGUCUUGUGUGUGCGGUUAUAUUUUAUAUGGACAACUAUGUUUUCUAAUAAGUUGAGCAAAAAACUUGCAACUCUGAAAUCAAGAGAUGAAUGGAAACAGCUGACAUUGCAACAGCAUCGAGUCACUCAAAACAGAGAGCAAAACACUGAUGUGUUUGAAAGAAGAGUGUGUACGCCUCUGAAAGGAUCAGCAGCUUUAAUAUCUGUGAGACGCUAGAGAAUCACAACCAGCAUCAGGCAAAGAAGGUUGGAAAGUGGAGAAUUUAAUUUUUUUCCCCAUUUUCCUCUUAAUCAUGGUGCUCUUACACCUCUCCCAGUUGUGUCUCCGGGUCUGGCAAAGACUUUAUCUGAAACAAGCACGAGUUAUCAGCAAAGAGGGUUCUUGGGGGAUUUUUCUGCAGUCCUGACUCAAUGGUUAGCAGGCCCCUCCUCCCUACCCCUUGGGGUUUGUUCCUGUAACCAGCACAGUUCUCAUGCACAGUCUAAGCAUCAAAUUCACUCCCAGGCCCAGCAAACAAGCAACUCUAUUCCUUUUCUUUAAAUUAUAUAUUCCUGCAUAGUCCAUUCUGUUAGAAUUGCCUGCUGCUGAAAUGUCUGGACUAGACUGGAGCCUAGGUGAGGUCAGAGCAGGACCAUCCCCAAGGCUGGGGAGCUCUGGGGCUCCAGCAUCACCCAGGGGAAGGGAGACUGCUUCAACCCCUCAGCCUGGUCUGGCUGCAUGAAGUGCAUGCUCUGGAUGGUUGCUGUGAUGCCUAGCUGUCACCUGCUUGUGGAUAUUAGGGCUGAUGAUCUUUCAGUUGAUACUCUGUGAAGUGAACAGAGGAACGUGUCCAUGGCAAGGUCUCUUUUAACGCUCAUUUUUAACACUAACAAUCACAUCAGGAAAAGCACUGCAUUGUAACAGCCUAACGGUAGCCCUUUAUUCUAAGCACUUGGUGUUACAAGUCAAAAACUACUUUUUGGUUUUUGUUCUAAAGUUGUCUUUUAUUUAGGGUUUGAAUUGUGGGUUUGGUGAUUUUUUAUUUUUUUUUAAUAACAAGCAAACUCUUUAAGGCAUAUAAAGUAUGUAAGUCAAUUUGCAAAUCCAGGUACAGUUUGGUUUUUUUUUUUUAGUAGGAUCUGGCACACUACAUAUGCCAUAACUAUAGGGUAUAAACAGUCACAAUGUUUAUUGGUGUUCACAUAUGUAACGUUAGGGAAACUACUUCCAUCGUCUUUUCUUUACAAUUCUGUAAAUGAUCCAUACCCUGUAUAUGUUAAUUCUUAAAAGCCUUAAUCCUUCAACUGUUGAGUGUGGGGUGUGUAGUCCAACAGGCUGCCUGUAAACUGUGAGCUCUUUUGUAAGCUGGAAGUACUUAUCUUGUUACUGUUACUUUUUUGUAGGAACCUUUUAAUUGAGAGCUGCCAAAGCAUUACAAUAUGCAGUGCCUUAGCAUUAUAUUAGAAGUAACUUUUAGCCUCUUAACAUUAAAUUUUAUACAUUGUUUUCUUAAUUGGUUCCAUUUUUAAAAUAUCCGUAUUUUUCCCUGCAGAAAAUGCUCUUUGACUGCUUGGUGUGAACCAGCUGUCUGUACAAGUCAGUCCCAUUGCAGUGAGAUGCCUAUACCAAAAGGAAAGGUUACAGAUCCCUGGUUCUCCAUGAAAAGUGAAUUGUAUUAAUGAAUGCUGCCUUUUUAAAUUUCAUGACCAAAUAAUUAAUUGUGACUCUUCUGCACUCUAGCAUGAAAGUGCCUUUGGUUUGAAAUUCCAGCUUAGAAAAGUGCUGCCAUAAUAAUGACAAUUUGUAGAGAGACCAAAAAUAUUUAGUUAUCACCGUAAUGCCUUUGGUUUAUUGGAAUAAGUUCAAUCUACAGGCCUCCAUUCACAAAAGAGCACCAUUCAUAGCAAAGGGAUUUUGCUAAUGAUCAGCCUGCUGAAGAAAAAUCUACUGUUUGCCAUUUCUGACAGCAUUGCAAACCAGCAACUGAUUCGUCCAUGAUAUAAAAAUGAAAAUAUUCCCAUUUAUAUUCUCUUCAUCCAGUCACGCAUCUGCAUAAUGAGAGAUCCAUAUCCUACAGAAUUCCAGUGGACAAGCAUGGCUUCGUUGAUGUCCUCUAACAAUAUUUUGGUGUCUGUGGAGAUGCUUUGCUCAGACAGCAGAUUUUGUUUACAAAGUUGUGCACGCUGGAGGUCAGAUGCACAGAACAAGAGGAGCAGGAGAGCUGAGCAAGCGAGGGUGAAUGCGAUCGUGUGGGUUCAAGCAUUGGAAUGUUGAGGGUGAGCAUUGUGCAUGAAGGUGCUGCUGGGGAAACUCUGGCCAGCACGACUCAAACACAGGGUUGUUUUGUUAUGUUUUCCUCCCAGUUGAUGUCUUGGGGGGAAAAAAAAAUUAGCUCCUCUUAAUAAUGUGUCUGUUUUUGAUACCUUCUGUGAACGGGGGCCAUAUCUCCACCACAACUGAAAUCAAUGGGAAGAGGAGCAACGUUUUAGAAAGAACAAAUAUCAGCAAAACCAAAAGCUGUCAGAGGGAUUAUAUAGUUGUGAAUACAUUGUUAACUUGAUUUUUAAAGUAUUUGAUGAAAACUAAGAUUAACUUUUUAUAUAGAGAAAUAUUGUGACACUGUGUGGUAAAUAUUGUGAUAAUUCAAAUUCCCUUUCUCUAAAAUAUUAUUUUUGUUAUUCCUUCAAGGUCUAAAUCUCACUUACCUCUAUAAGACAAAUAAUCCUGUUGAACUCAAUGAGACUGAGGUAGGGCAAAGAACAGAGACAAGCAGAACAUACUUUUCCAGUCAUUGCCAAACGUUUUGGCUGUACUCGUCAAUGUUUGUGACAAGCUACACCUCUGUCUCGUUCAAGCAAACAUAAUGGUACCAUUAGGGGCUGUUAAAAUUUGCUACUAACAAAUGUAGUUUUACUUACUUGAAUUCCCAACUGAUUUUGUUUAGGUACUGCACCACUAUUUUGAAGGAAUCGCAGAUCCGAUGCCCGUUUCUCUCUUUCCCUCUCCACCAGAGCUGCAGCUCAGCGUGGCAGUGGCCUGUCCCACGGGAUGGGCUCUGGGCAUAAUGAAGGGUGUACAUUAGUGUUGAAUGUAAGGAACCGGCCAGUCCAAGGCAGACAGGACGUUUGAUGUGCUAACCCGUAGCUAUUUAUUUUCCCACUGCGAGUCCCGGGGCGUGCCUGCAGCAGCCCUGGGGGUUUCCUGGAGGCCUCAGUCAGUCCCACUGGAGCUCUGGGGCUGUCCCCCCUUUCCUUUCCCGUGAGGAUCCGUGUGCCCGGGCACAGCGGGCGCGAGGAGCGGAGCCCGGCUUGCUCCUUUGCUCAGGAUGAUCUCCUUUCCCCUCUUAUCUUUCAUAACCAGAUGUUUAGCCCCCUUCCCCCCAAGAAAGAUUGAGGCUGGAUAAGUCAAAGUACAAGAAACACUCUGGACAUCUUCAUCUUUUAACUUUUCAGGUCAUUCUUGCUGAGGUCAUGUAAUUAGUUUUAGUGUGUAAAUUAAAUCUUAAAUGCACUCAGUUGACUAAAAAGGAGAUGGAUCCCUGUUACCUCCUUACAGAAUAUGUGUUUUUGUUUUUGUUUUGUUUUGUUUUAUGGGCCUCUGAUUCAGGCUCAUGACUGCAGACAAAAAAUACAAUAUGUGCCUGAAAAAAAAAAAAAAGACAAAAGAAUUUUAUAACAUUGAAAACCUGAAUAGCCUUUAAUUCUUCAGUACAUUUUAUGUAAAACAGGUUGGGUUUUUGUUUUGUUUUGGGGUUUUUUUGCCAUGUGCAUUUGUUCACAUUUGUAAAUGACUUAAUGGAAUUCUCACUUUAUGUUUAUUUGUGUAAUGUGUAUAAAAUGGGUUUGUGACUUAAGCAUAUUCAUAUAUGGUCAGUGGUUACUUUAAUAUUGUACUGCUGCUGGUAACUUUUGAUGUAGAACUUGCCUUUUGAUGAUAAAGUACCUCUAGGUUAGACAGUGAGGGAAGGCUCUUGGAAAAAACUGAAUGUUCUCCAAUGUUUUCUUAACAUAUUUGCAGAAGCUUUCAAAAGGAGUUUCAGUCAAACCUCUUGGCAGUACAGUAUUCUUGUAUUUGUUAUUGUCUGUGUGUAGGUACUGGUACCUUUUUUUUUUUUUGUUUAAAAUGUUUUAAGUGUUGGCUUUAAAGUGAAUUUAUCUUUAGUAUGAUAGUAAUAUGAAAAUUAUAGGUUUUGUGUGCAGAGAAUUUUUUUAUAAAGUGCUUUGUAAAAAAAAAAAAUGUAUUCUAGCUUUCGCGGUACAUAUGUGUGAUAACUUUAAUAUCCAUGACAGUUAAGUGCAAUUAUUUCAUCACUCUAAAAAUGCUAUUUUUGUGUCGGUUACUGCAGGUGUUUUCAUGUCUUUGCAAAGUGACACAUUUUGAUGCCUUCUUGAUAAAGUGGUAGAAUUUUUGUAGCUUUCUAGAAACUUUGUAUUCAUACAGUAUCAAUUGAAAAUAAAGAAAAUGAAAGUGU